CCGGGGGCACAUGGCGUGGGAAUGCACAGCAGGCGUCACCUGCAGCAUCUGCGGGCAGACGGGCCACCUUCAACGCAACUGCCGCAACGUCUCCUGCCACAAGUGCGGGCGCAAGGGCCAUAUUUCCAAAUUCUGCAGCGACCCAUUUGCCAGG